AAAAGUCUGUUUUACUGAGGGAAGAAGAGCUGUGGGAAUUUUUCAGUUGCUAAUCAGCUAGGCUACAGGUGAACGGGCUGACAGUCGGAUUAUUAAUGUUAAAUAUGUGAGAGUAAUUCUCUGAGAGCUCAUUCUGACCAGAUAUUGAUUCACCCAGCAGAGGAAAGAAGAACUGUGGGAUAUACUUUAAUAUACUUUAAUAUACAUUUCAGUUGUGAGCAGUUCCUGGUCUGGGGAGGAUUUUAGCCUGUAGGCAAGAUGCCAAGACUUGGAAAAAUCUGCAUUUGUGUGCUGGCCCUGUUACAUCUGGCAUGGGCGAGGUGCAUCAACAAGGGGAACAACGUUUUUAUCUAUGAUAAGUCUGCGGACUCAUUCCUGUCUCGGUCGUUGCUGUACAACAGCUGGGAUUUUGAACUGGUAACACCAGGCAAUAUAGAGAGAGAGUGCUACGAGGAGCAGUGCACCUACGAGGAGGCCAGAGAGGUGUAUGAGGAUGACCUAAAGACGCAAACGUUUUGGACAACGUAUACCAGCUCUCACAGUCCUCCUAAACCGAUUGAUCUUCCUGGUCUGUUGUCCGGGGUUGUGGCAGCUGUGACCAUAGCUGUCAUAGCCUUAGUGCUUGGCUGUUACUGUUACAAGAACAAGGCCAGGAAAAGGCAACCCAGCAGUGUUCCAGUGCAGAUGGCCGCAGAUGCCCGUCCAGCUCCAGAGUUGGUACCAUUGGCUGGUAUUACAGCUCCAGGUCUGCCAUCCUACAGGGAAGCCCUGGACCACAGCGGGCAAUACGAUGCCCCUCCACCACCCUAUGCCGGAGAGACGCCAUCUGCACCUCAGGUGGGUGAAGAGUGAGAGUUUGAAACUACAAAUACUACUUCUACUGUUCUAGCCAAACAGAAACGCCCGUACUUAACUGGAAUACGAGUGGAUAUUUUUCAUAGAAACGGGAUUUUCGAUUUUUAUAUAAAAAACUGUGGUAGUUAUAAGAUUUUAUGUGAUAUAAUAGAAAAUGUGUAGUCACUGCACUAGCACUCACAACUUGCUAUUUAUUUUCUCUGUGUAAAGACCAUGUUGUAGUUUAAAUUUCUACAUUUUAUUAUGAAGAAAAACAUAUUUCUGUUCAAAUGAUUUUUAAUAAAUGCUUUUUUUCUCUGUA